GAGUAGGCCUGAUAGAUGGAGGGACUUAGAAAUCCAUAGCCACUUUUGGAACAAACACAGAGAAAGUAAAAGCCAUGGAGCUGCUGCUGCUUCUUGUUAAGAUCAUCAUCACAAUCGCCUUGCUUUGGUUGGUUAGCACUUUAUUGCAGAUGUGUGAUGCCCAAAUAUUGAAGCCAAGAAGGCUUCGAUCAAUACUGAGAAAGCAGGGGAUCAGAGGCCCUCCACCCUCUUUUUUCCUUGGAAAUAUUGGUGACAUGAAGAAGAUGAAAUCUUCAGCUUCGAAGGAUCAACAAAAAGAAGAGCAAGCAAUAACCCACGAUUGCUCUUCCGCCCUCUUUCCAUUCUUUGACGAAUGGAGAAAAUCAUAUGGUUCAUUAUUUAUGUUCUCACUUGGCAACAAACAAAUACUGCACAUGAACGAUCCUGAGGUGGUGAAGGAAAUAAGCAUAUGCACUUCCUUGGACUUUGGAAAGCCUUCGUAUCAAUCCAAAGAGCGUGGUCCUCUGCUUGGUCAAGGGAUCCUGACUUCAAAUGGAGCCACAUGGGCUCACCAGAGGAAGAUCCUUGCUCCCCAACUAUACAUGAACAAGGUUAAGGGCAUGAUGGACUUAAUGGUGGAGUCCUCGAUGAAAGUGGUGAGCUCAUGGAGGACAGAAAGUGAGGGCGGAGUUGAAGAUUUUCACAUUGAUGAAUAUAUGAGAAGAUUUUCCGGAGAUGUAAUUUCAAGAGCCUGUUUUGGGAGCAACUAUUCCAAAGGGAAAGAGAUAUUUUUAAAGCUUAGAGAACUUCAAGAAAACAUGUCUAAGAAGUUCUUUUCCAAUGGCUUUCCUGGAAUGAGGUAUGUUCCAACAAAGAGUAACAGAGAAACAUGGAGGCUAGAAAAAGAGGUCCGAGAUUUGAUUCUCAAGGCAGUGGAGGAAGGAAAGGAAGCAGCAUCAGGGAAUGAUUUGUUACAUAUGAUUCUUGAAGCUGCCAGCAACAGUGGAUUUUCCCAAGAUGAGACAGAUCGGUUCAUUGUAGACAAUUCCAAGAACAUAUACUUAGCUGGGUACGAGACUACUGCUGUCUCUGCAACGUGGACAUUGAUGUUGUUGGCCUCAAAUCAAGAAUGGCAAGCAAGAGUUCGUGCCGAGGUGGUAGAAGUUUGCGGAGGUCAAAUGCCUGAUGCUGACAUGAUUCGCAAGAUGAAAACUUUGACAAUGGUAAUCCAUGAAUCAUUGCGACUUUACCCUCCGGUGCCUGUGGUGAGCAGGGAGGCUUUGGAAGACAUGAAAUUCGGAGAUAUUCAUGUGCCUAAAGGUGUCAAUGUCUGGAUCUUGUUGGUAACCUUGCACCAAGACCUUGAUAUUUGGGGACCUGAUGCCAAGGAGUUUAACCCCGAGAGGUUUGCCAAUGGAGCCAGUGGUGCAUGCAAGCUCCCUCAUGUCUACAUGCCUUUUGGAGUUGGGCAGCGUACGUGUUUGGGGCAAAACUUUGCCAUGGCCGAGCUCAAAAUUCUUUUAGCUCUAAUUGUCUCCAACUUCUCAUUCUCUUUGUCACCAAAAUACAGGCACUCCCCGGCAAUGAGGACGGUUAUAGAGCCUGAAAAUGGUGUCAAUCUCCUUAUUAAGAAGCUGUGAGCCAUAAGCCUAUCAGCUGAUAGUUGUGAAUGAAUAUCUAUUAAUGCUA